AUGGAAGCAGAAGCAAUGAGAUGGGCAAUGCAAAUGCUAGCGGGGUUUGGCUACACUAAGGUAAUCUUUGAGACAGAUUCUCAGGAACUAAGCAAGAUGAUAAAUGGAGAACAAGAAGUGUGGUCUUGCUUAAAACCGUUGGCACAAGAAACUUUCCAUCUUCUAAAGCAUAACAGUGAGUUUAUUGUGCAGUUCCAUGACCGGAGUGGUAAUAAAGUAGUGGAUAGGGUAGCUAAGGAGACUUCGACCUUUGUGUCCAAUGUCCCUAAGUUGUACUCUAUUUUGCCUGUGUGGUUACAAUCUUUGUUUGAGUUGGAUAAGUUGCAUGUAAGAAACUGA